CGCACUUCGCACACACCUCUCGCUUUAGUUCAGAAAGGAAGUCACUCUCCGAAGAAGGCUGUGAUCUUUCCCUGUAAAGAUGGCCGCCCAGAUCGUGAAAAGAGCUUCUUUAAACAGGAGCACCAUAAGUGACUGGAUUAAAGGCUUGCUUUCACGAUUGAAAAAUGAUGGUGGCCAAGGGCCUUCUUUUCAAUCCAGAACCUUCGAAGUAGAUGAGCUGUCCGCCGCUCAGCCUUUGAAGAGGCAUUACAGUAGUGGUACAAGAACGUGUACCCUUAUUCCUGGAGAUGGCAUUGGACCAGAAAUUUCUGCUGCUGUGCAGAAGAUAUUCCAGGCAGCAAAUGUUCCAAUUGAAUGGGAAGUUGUCGAUGUAACUCCAGUCCGUGGACCAGAUGGACUCUUCAACAUCCCUCAAGCUGCCAUUGAUUCAGUGAACAAAAACAAAAUUGGGCUCAAGGGCCCUCUUAUGACUCCUGUUGGAAAAGGCCAUCGGUCUCUCAAUCUUGCUUUGCGAAAGGAGUUCAACCUAUAUGCCAAUGUAAGGCCCUGCCGAUCUUUGGAGGGUUAUCAAACAUUAUAUGAUAAUGUUGAUGUUGUAACAAUCAGAGAGAAUACCGAGGGAGAGUACUCUGGUAUUGAACAUGAAAUUGUUGAUGGUGUUGUGCAAAGUAUCAAGCUCAUCACCGAAGAGGCCUCUGCGCGAGUAGCUGAGUAUGCAUUUGCCUAUGCCAAGGAUAAUGGCCGUCAAAAAGUUACCGCUGUUCACAAAGCCAAUAUUAUGCGCAUGUCAGAUGGUCUCUUCUUGCGUUGUUGCCGGGACGCUGCUGAGAAGCACCCUGACAUCAAGUUUGAGGAAAAGUAUCUAGAUACUGUCUGUCUUAACAUGGUCCAGGAUCCCAGUAAAUAUGAUGUACUGGUCAUGCCCAACCUGUAUGGUGACAUCUUGUCAGAUAUGUGUGCUGGACUUGUCGGUGGCUUGGGACUUACACCCUCAGGCAAUAUGGGCUUGAAUGGAGCCUUGUUUGAAUCUGUGCACGGUACCGCUCCAGACAUUGCUGGCAAGGACUUGGCAAACCCUACUGCGUUACUUCUGUCAGCUGUCAUGAUGUUGCGUCACAUGGAGCUGAACGCUCAGGCAGAUAAAAUUGAAAAAGCUGCCUUUGAUACCAUUAAGGAAGGAAAGUACCGUACUGGUGACUUGGGUGGCAAAGCCAAAUGCUCAGAGUUCACUAAUGAAAUCUGUAGCAAAAUUCAAGCAUCAUGAACAAUUAGACUGUAAUUCUAACUCUCCCAAACAUUUGUAGGAAUCAAUAAUUUAUGCCUUUGACUCAAGUGUAUGGUAUUAUUUCAAUGCUGUCAGGCUGUGAAGAUCUUUGGCGAAAGGGAGGUCUUUUCUAUGACCCCUUGUCUAGCUUUAUUCUUGUUUUGUUCAGAAAAUGAGUGCAAUGAGUACCUCUCAAAUUGACUUCAUAGUGGUGAGCAGUAUUACUUCUAGGCAAUCAUCUGAUUUGAAUUUGUAAUAAAAUAAAUUUAUGUACAGUCAGUAUUAGAUUUGCACUCAAUGUUAACUUUUUCAGUUAGUAUCAAGAGGAAGCUCAUUUCAGAGUUAAUGUCUAAGUCUUAAAUUUUUAUUAUUUAUUUAUAGUAAUGAAGUGGGAGUAAUCUACCAAAUGACAGUCUCACUCUUGAGAUAUGAGGAAACUCGCUACAUACCUUUAGUAUUAUGUUGUCUUGUGUUAAAUGUGUUGGAAGACAAUAAUUGAAGCUACUGAUUGCAGACAUUUUUACAUCAACCUAAUGAGUUUGGCCCCUUACGUGAUGAUUGUGUUACUUUUCCUCUUUUUAACUUCUUUUUUAAUUUUACCUGUUAGAUGUCCUGUUUAUUGUGUUCACUGCAUACCUCUUUUUACUCUUGCAUCUUUGUUUCAUAUUCUGAAUGUUUUUUUUUAACCAAUACAAAUGAUAUGUGCCUUGGGAAAGUUUCACAAUUUUGAAGUUGUCAUUUUGUGGAUGCUGAUGUGUACUUUGUAAUUCUAUGUAGAAUAGAGCUUUAACGCUCAGAGGCUCUAGAUAAAACCUUUUACAUUUUUGUGCCAACCCAAAACAAAGAUGUUUAAAUGUCUGGGACCUUUUAUAAUCUCUAUUGGCCCCAAAGUUCUUUCAUUUUGCAAUGGCAUCAACUCUAGAUUUAUGUUCCUGGAAGCUACUACCAUUACUAGUCAAUUUGUUUGGAUUUCUAUUCUGGAGAGUUUGUGUGACUAUGCUGCAAGGUUGUAACUUAUUUGUUGUUGUUGAAAUAAAGGAUAGAAAAACA